ACGCGCCCCACGCCCACCCACAGGCUGUAGUGACUCCAAAUGAGAAACAGAGACAGUGUGGAUUUAAUCACGACACCAUCUUUGGAAGGUUUGGAGCCUUUGGGGAGAUUCUGAGGGAACUUUGCUUUGCUUUGACUGGUAUCCUUACAGGACGAACAGGGGAAUUCUGCACUAUCAACAAUGGCCACCCUCAGUAUCUCAAAUACUACAUUUGCUCUGGAGUUGUUCCGAACUCUGAGUCAAGCAAACCCAACCGGGAACAUCUUUGUCUCUCCGUUGAGCAUCAGUUCAGCCCUAGCAAUGGUCUACCUGGGAGCUAAAGGAGACACAGCGACUCAGAUGGCACAGGCCCUGUCAUUCAAGUCCGGCGAAUCCAUCCAUGCAGACUUCCAGUCUCUUAAUGGGGACAUCAAUUCACCAUCCGUAUCAUACACCCUGAAACUGGCCAACCGACUUUAUGGAGAAAAUACAUCUAAUUUCCUCCCUCAAUUCCUUGAUGCCACACACAAGUACUAUAAGGCAGAUCUGAAGACGGUGGAUUUCAUUGGGGCUGCUGAGGAGUGUAGAGCAGAGAUUAACAGCUGGGUGGAGCAGCAGACACAGAAUAAGAUUAAAGAUCUUCUGAAGCCAGGAACAGUUAGCUCGAUGACAAGAUUAGCUCUGGUCAAUGCCAUCUACUUCAAAGGCAACUGGAUGCACAGAUUCAAUCCGAUAAAUACUUUGGAAAUGCCAUUUAAAGUCAAUCAGAAUGUGACCACAAAGGUGCAUAUGAUGUAUCUGAAGGAGAAACUGCCCUUCAACUACAUCCCUGAGCUGGGUCUUCAGAUCCUAGAGAUGCCGUACACAGAUGAUGAGCUCAGUAUGGUCAUCCUGCUUCCAGAGGAGUCCACUGAUGGCUCUGACCCGUUGCUAAAGGUGGAAAAGGAACUUACACACACAAACCUGAACGAGUGGACCAAGAGGAGUAACAUGGACAUCCAUUCCGAAGUUAUUGUUCAUCUGCCCAAAUUCAAACUGGAGGAGGAGUACCUCCUGAAUGAACCUUUGGCUAAACUGGGUAUGGCUGAUGUAUUUUGUGCUGCAAAGGCUGACCUCUCUGGAAUGAACGGCGAGGGAAACCUUUCCCUGUCCACAGUGGCCCACAAGGCCUUUGUAGAGGUCAACGAGGAGGGCACUGAGGCUGCUGCUGCCACUGCUGGCAUUGCAUCUUUCUGUAUGCUGAGGGAGGAACACUUUACAGCAGACCAUCCUUUCCUCUUCUUCAUCAGGCACAAUAAAUCCGAGUCUAUCCUUUUUCUCGGCAGGUUCUCCUCUCCCCAGUGAAGAGAACUUAAAUACUUUUUUAAAGUUAAAUUUUUGCAGGAAAGGCUUUAUAUGUUUGACUGUACAUUUCUAAAAUUACAUUUUUCUCAAUCCAUGCACUAAAUCAGUUAUAAUAAAGCAUUCAGGGUACGCUUACAUAGUCUUAUAAUAUAAAUAACUGUAUGAAAAGCUGCUUGAAUUAACAAUUAGAGAUAAUAAAAAAGGGGUUAUAUUUUGCA